AUGAGUCAUGAAGCAGGUGUUUCAGGGGAAGGGAACAACGAAACACCCGAGCUCAGUCUCACCGCGUUCACCAACAGCAGGGGCUCGACAGAUUCCGGAAAUUCAAGAAAACCCAACGUACAAUGGAAGCCAGCGUCGCGAACGGUGGAGGAAACGCUUGCACAGGGGCUCUCCAAUGAAGAUCUGUGGCUAUUGAUUCGGAGAUUUAACAAACAAAUAUACCAUGUGAAAGCGAUCGACGAUACAGCUGGUCGCAACCUUGACUUGAAUCGUGUCGAAGAUGAACAGUUUCCGCCAGAGAAGCUGCGCAUGACUAUCGAGCGAUUUUAUACGUCUGUGAUCGUUGGACUUGCGGAAUUUUGCCGACAAGUGACACGUUUACGGUCCUGGCGUGAGCCAGGACGGACGACUGUAUUUGCGUUGGCUUAUUUCCUCGCGUGGCACUUCAAUAUCCUGGUCCCUACAUCAGUGGGCUUGCUGAUGGCUUUGAUCAUGUUUCCUCCCCUCCGGCCAAUGCUUUUCCCCUGCUCUCCAGCCUCUACGGGCUCAAAGCUAUCUGAUGAUGAGGUCCAACAAACAGAAUCUCACGACAGCAUUACGGGAGUUCCAGAGGUCCACAAAGGUGAAGCGGCCGAGCAGGAAGCCAAGAAUAUGGUCGAUAGCGUGGCAAACAUUGCCAUCGAGACCGCGGCUGGAAAGUACGGCCAGACUGUAGCCGAAGAUGCAGAGGAAGUGCCGGCUUCGUCUUCGCUGCGUUCUGUUCCCGUGGGGGAAGACGGGGCGGAAGGCGUUGCAGAAGAUAGGACUAAGAAGCCGAUCAAGAUGAAGGUGGCGCGAGGCACUGAUCAGGUUAUGCGUGUGAUCAGUGAUGUUACUGAUGUGUACGAGCAAUUUGCAAACCUGAUGUCACCGACUCCUCCUUUCAACCUCGUCAUACCGCGCCUGCGCCUUCUCGGUAUCCUGGGCUUCGUGUUCCUCGCAUUCCCGUUCACCUCGAGUCAUCUCAUUGUCAAGUCCGUGGGAUUCACCCUGGGUCUUGGAUUUUUCGGUGAUCCACUAUUUGUCUUUGGUAUGGCAUUUUUGAACAGGACCGUCCCCGACUGGAAAGAUCGCAUGGAUAUCCAAAAAACUUUGCUGGAAGGAACUCCAACAAACGCCCAGCUGGCCCUCACUUUACUUCGCAUUGGAGAAAUUAACUCGGCGCCCUUACCCCCACCACCGAACUCCAGCAGCGAUGAGCCAGAAUGGCCUAUUCGACGGAAGAAGUCAUCGACCAAGCUUCUCACAGAGGGUAGCGGCGCCCUCGAAUCAACCGAAUCCCUACAAACGAUUGGUCCCGAGGGCUCUAUUCAGUCGGUGAAACCCCCGAAGAAAAAGUUCUUCUCCCGACUUCUGAGAUUCGUCAGACGCACCAUUGCAACAGCCAUCAAGGGACACAUAGCAUUUGAUCGUGCGAUGGCGAUCGCAGGCUCCGCCCACACGAAAAGUCUACUCAGCAUGCUCCAAAGCAAGCACUUUUCUUCCAAGCCCUUUGGUCCUCUUAAGUUCGACGCAAAAUUCAUGAAAAAGCGAGGCGCCGCGGUGAUCGAUUCCACAAAGGAGCCGCCACUCCUUUACUUUACCACCUACCAGUCCGCCGGAUUGGACGACCUGCGCAUUGAAAGUCGCAAGAAAGGAUCAGUGCUCUUCCAAAUUCCCGUGACGGAUAUUCGAGAGUUGAAAAAGACUGAGGGUCUGGGGUGGAAGGGAAAGCUGAUUGUUGAGUUGACGGCCGGCAGUAAAGAGGCUGCGGAUGGAUUGGUGAUCAAUGGAAAAGAAGAGGGCCAGUCGUUCCACCUCACUGGGAUGAGAUCUCGAAAUCAGUUGUUCAAUCGGUUGGUCGCCAUGGAUGCCCAGUUUUGGGAGAGUCGAUAA